UUAUGACUUGAUUUCUGUUAUUCAACAAUUUUUAAAAAUCCACCACUUUUUGCCUAACUUCUUAUCUUUUUUCCUUCUCAACCACUAGAGCUGGACUGGCCGUUAUGGAGGAGGAGCUGCAGCACUCGCACUGUGUGAACUGUGUCAGUAGACGGUGUAUGACCAGACCAGAGCCUGGGAUUUCCUGUGACUUGAUUGGUUGUCCAUUGGUGUGUGGAGCAGUUUUCCAUUCUUGUAAAGCUGAUGAGCAUCGACUUUUAUGUCCAUUUGAACGAGUGCCUUGCUUAAAUAGUGACUUUGGAUGUCCGUUUACAAUGGCUCGAAAUAAAGUUGCUGAACAUCUAGAAAUGUGUCCUGCAAGUGUGGUGUGCUGUACUAUGGAGUGGAACCGAUGGCCAGUUAGUUACGCAGAUCGGAAAUCGUAUGAAAAUCUAAGCAGAGAUGUUGAUGAAGUGGCACAAUUAGAUAUGGCCUUGGCCCUUCAAGACCAAAGGAUGCUCUUAGAAUCUCUCAAAGUAGCCACCAUGAUGUCAAAAGCAACUGAUAAAGUAUCAGAACCUAGAGAACAAAUCUCAGUUAAAUCAAGUGUCCCAGAAAUACCACAUACUAAUGGUUUGGUGUCUGUUGAUGAAGAAUCUUAUGGUGCACUUUAUCAAGCUACUGUAGAAACAACCAGAAGUUUGGCUGCUGCUUUAGAUAUCCUGAAUACCGCCACAAGAGACAUUGGCAUGUUAAGUACAAGUCUUUGCACUUCCCCAAAUGAAAUGAAUGAAGAGGAAGAUGCCAGAGGAAACUUGCAGAACAGACACUUGAAAGACCAGGACCAUUUUUAUGAGGAUGAAAUAGGAGCUGUAGGUGGAAUUGACCAUAAUGACACAAGUCUUAGUGUCCAGUCUGAACAAAAUGGUUCAAGUGAUUUAUUGUAUGACUCGAAUACCAGUUCUUACGGCACUUCUGCUCUUUGUAAUGGCUUUUCUUUGGAAAAUAUAUGUACACAGGCCAUAGACCAAAAUCAGAAAUUACAUGGUGAUUCAAAACAAAGUAACUUAACAAAUGGAGAAUGUAUAGCAUCAGAUGGCACUUCAGAACCUUCCAGUUCACUUUCAGUAGCAGCACAGCUUAGGGAAGUAAUACCAUCUAGCGCUUUACCUAAUGGCACAGUUCAGCAUCUCCUCAUGCCAAAUGAUGAGGAUGAAGGAGCGUUGUGUUGGAGAAAAGUAGACUUAGGGGACUUGAAGAAUGUGGAUGUCUUAUCUUUCAGUCAUCCUCCUCCAUUCAAAUUUCUUUCUAACUCAUGUUGGUCUAAACCAAAAGAAGAUAAAGCAGUAGAUACAUCAGAUUUGGAAGUUGCAGAAGAUCCAAUGGGCCUCCAAGGAAUAGAUCUAAUCACAGCAGCAUUGCUGUUUUGUCUAGGAGAUUCUCCAGGCGGGAGGGGUAUAUCUGAUAGUCGCAUGGUUGAUGUUUAUCACACUGACUUUGGGACUCAGACUUUUUCACUUCCAUCUGCAAUAUUAGCUACAAAUACAAUGGUUGGAGAAAUAGCUUCAGCUUCAGCUUGUGAUCAUGCCAACCCACAGCUUUCAAAUCCAAGUCCUUUUCAGACACUUGGGCUGGAUUUAGUAUUGGAAUGUGUUGCUAGGUACCAACCCAAGCAGCGUUCAAUGUUUACAUUUGUUUGUGGACAGUUAUUUAGAAGAAAAGAAUUUUCUUCACAUUUUAAGAAUGUGCAUGGUGACAUUCAUGCUGGACUCAAUGGCUGGAUGGAACAGAGGUGUCCUUUAGCAUAUUAUGGUUGUACCUAUUCUCAGCGUAGAUUUUGUCCAUCAACACAAGGAGCAAAGAUUAUACAUGACCGCCAUUUGAGGUCAUUUGGAGUUCAGCCGUGUGUAUCUACAGUAUUAGUAGAGCCUGCUAGAAACUGUGUGUUGGGAUUGCAUAGUGACCAUCUAAGUGGUCUUCCUUUUGAGGUCCUACAACAUAUUGCAGGCUUUCUUGAUGGCUUCAGUUUAUGCCAGCUUUCAUGUGUAUCCAGGUUAAUGAGGGAUGUGUGUGGCAGCCUGCUUCAGUCUCGUGGAAUGGUCAUACUGCAGUGGGGAAAAAGGAAGUAUCCAGAAGGAAAUUCGUCAUGGCAAAUAAAGGAAAAGGUAUGGCGAUUCAGUACUGCAUUUUGUUCUGUUAAUGAAUGGAAAUUUGCUGACAUCCUAAGCAUGGCUGACCACUUGAAGAAAUGCAGUUACAAUAUUGUAGAGAAACGCGAGGAAGCAAUCCCAUUGCCGUGUAUGUGUGUGACAAGAGAACUCACUAAAGAGGGACGUUCACUUCGCUCCGUUUUAAAACCUGUACUUUAAAAACUGUAACGCCACUUGCACAUACAUGCAAGCACCUAGUAUAAUUUCUUUGUAAUAUGUGACACUUUAUUAAUGUAUUAAAGAUUACAACUAGCUAAAUUUAUUGCCACUAUGUAUAUAAUGUUUUGAAGUGACAUAUAUUUUUAUAAAGUACUGUUUAGUUGGAAAAAAGUUGCCUUAAUGUUUGAAAUGUGUGAAAUUUUUGGAACUUGCUGGACAGGGUGAUUUAAUUUUUAGCUGCAUAAUUUUCAGAAUUAGUAUUUUUAAUGGUGUGCAUAUUUUGAUUUUUUAAUUUUUUUGUUUCUUAAACUAACAAGAUCCUGACCAAUUUGUCCCUAAUGUUUUCUGUGGUUUAUAACCCAUGCAUUCAGAAAGCAAAACUUUGAUUCAAAUUUUUGCAGCAUAGGUUUUUCAGAUAAAGACAUUCAAUUGCUUAAGGACUGCCAUAAGAUCAUUGUAAGAUUUUUAUUUUCUAGUGUUCCCCUUAUAUGAUUGUGGAUACAUAGAUGAUCUUUAAUAUGUAUUUACAUAAUAUUUAAAAUCAUGACUAAUGUUUGGUAAUGCAUUUAUCCUGUUUUAAAAAUACCCACAAAAGUGUUUUCACCUUAUGUAUUUGCAGCUCUCAUACAGAGAGAGUGACCAUGUGCAACUCCCUUUUUCUUAGACACCACAUCCAAAGACUCAUGGCAGUGUGUUUUAUGACAGGUUAAAAUGAAAGCCAACAAAAAGCCUCUGAAUUUAUUUUAAUUUGAAACUUCAUGGUAUGAUAUAUUUGCUAGGUUUUUGAUAUUUGGAAAGAAGAAAAUAUACCUCAUUUAAAGUUCAGAUUGGGGAUAUUGUGUGAAUAAAUUUCAGAUAUUCAGAAUGCAAAGGGCUUAACUUUCUUUACUAAGCAUUUAGAAUUUUUGCCAUUUUAUGUUUAUAAAAAUCACAACUAUAUUGUUUUAAGAUGUUUAACAAUGUGAAAUUUGGUAUGUUUGCAAGAUGACAAUCAUGAAAUGGAAAAAUCUGUCUUGGCUGACAAUCUCCUUAAAACAUUUCCAGGUUUAUUUCCCAUAGACUUCUCUGCCAAAAUAGUCAGAAUUGCAUCUUUUUGUAAAGGUCAAGGUAUAAGAGGAAAAAUAUUCAAAGUCCUAUUCUUGAAGUGUCUUAUGGUAGUUUUCAAAUUGAUUAACACUAUUAACCUGAUUCAGUUAAAAAAUGAAUAUAUCAGUAUUUUGAAAUAAAUUGCAAAGGUGGGGAAUACUUAAUUUGUUUUAAGUAACUUCUAUAUUUGGUAGUCUGAAGUGGUGACAAGUUACCUUGCUAUAAAAUACCAAACUUCUGUGUCUUCUCUUCCGACGUUGGCCCCUGAGAGUGCCCUGUUGUUACUAGGAUAACAAUACUAUGGCAGUCAGACUGGGCAGAAGUGUUCCUUGGGCAUUAGAAAAGAACUCUGAACUGCUUACGACUUCUUUUGGUUGAAUCAAGCCCUUAUGACAGUUGAAGAUAUAGCAUUAAAGACUAAUCAGUUGUUUUGUCUCACCUAUCAUUUCAAUUAGUAGAAUAAUUAUUUCUCAGUGCUUAAAUUUUCAACUGUGAGGUUGAAUUAUAGAAAUAGUCUGUUUCUGAAAAAGUCAGAAAGGAGAUCAAAUACUGUAAAAUAUAACUGCCUUUUAAAGUUUUGCUGAAGAAUGUGUCUGGUUAGGAUAGCACAAACAUUAACUUUUUGUUUUGUGGUUGUGCUUGUUUGGUUUUUGAGUUUAGACUUCUUGUUUCUACACUGGAUCGUGAGAUAUUUAACAGUUUUCCACCCUACAUUUCUUUUACACAUCUUUGGCUGUUUUCUUUUGUGUUUGUUAUGCCACCAUACGAUUUUGUUAAAAUGUUUUCUUUGUGCAACAUUUGUUCAAAUUCUAAUAAAAUUAAUAUUUUCCCUUUAUGUGGCUCAAUAAUUUAAAAGGAAAAACUUUCAUUUGAAUAAAAUUUUAAUACUUGUUUGACAAAUUCCAAACAGUGUUUCUAAGUGUAGAUUUUCUGCAUGUUGUAGGAGUUGUUGAUUACCAUUGCUCACCUAUGUUUUACUGGUGAGCAGUCUUUUUUUUUUUUUCUUUUUUUUUUUAAUAUGGAAAACUCAUUGGUUAACAUUCUGUGACCCUUCUGUGUCUUCCUGAAAGUAGUCCCAUCUAGGGGUAUUGAAAGGCUGAAGAGUUUUGGGCAAUAUUGUUUUUCUGAAACUUGUAAUGGGAACAAUAUAGGUAGCCUUUUAAGCCUGAAGAGGUUUGUAUGUCAGUUAAAUUCAUUGUCAUUUGAGAAGUCUUUGUUGAUUUCUUAGUUUUUUCUAACCAGCAAGAUAAAGGGCAAGUAUCAGGAUGGAAGAAAAUA